UGGGCUCUGGGCUGAGGUCUUGUUGGACAGCCAUUGCAGACAGUGUCGUGGCUCAGUAACAAAACACGAAAGAGGAGAGGAAGACCUGGCAUUUCGCAGGCUCUCUUGUUUUUUUUGUUGAGCGAGAGACCGAUUUACAUGACUGUUAGAGCGACUACAAUCGGUAAAUAAGUCUACGCCUGAAUAACGGGAUUCAACAGCUCCGGAUAUGUCAUUCCUAUUUGAUUGGAUUUAUAGCGGUUUCAAUAGCGUACUACAGUUUUUAGGACUGUACAAGAAAUCUGGCAAGUUAGUAUUUCUUGGCCUGGACAAUGCUGGCAAAACGACGCUACUGCACAUGCUCAAAGAUGACAGAUUGGGACAGCAUGUGCCAACUUUACACCCAACCUCAGAAGAGCUGACGAUUGCUGGCAUGACUUUCACCACCUUUGACCUUGGAGGCCACGCACAAGCCCGCAGAGUGUGGAAAAACUACCUCCCCGCCAUUAAUGGCAUCGUCUUCCUUGUGGAUUGUGCGGACCACCUGCGAUUGGGUGAAUCAAAAACAGAACUUGAUGCGUUAAUGACAGACGAGACCAUUGGAAAUGUGCCUAUCCUGAUCCUGGGCAACAAGAUCGACAGACAGGAAGCCAUCAGUGAGGAGAGGCUGAGAGAAAUUUUUGGAUUGUAUGGACAGACGACAGGCAAGGGCAACAUUCCCAUGAAGGAGCUGAACACGAGACCACUGGAGGUGUUCAUGUGCAGCGUGCUGAAGAGGCAGGGCUACGGCGAGGGCUUCCGCUGGCUCUCCCAGUACAUCGACUAAAAAAAAAAGCAGCAGAGCCCCCGUUAACGCACACCGACAUCACCACCAACCACCAACCACCACCACCACCGCCGCCGCCACCAAGGAGGAGGAGGGGGGGGGAGGGCGUUAAAUCCAACCGCUCAAGACGCCCACCGUUACCACCAGUACCAUCAUACUCAGCCCCAUGUUUGGUUAAUCGAGCCGCCACCUUCAGAGAAACCAGUACAACUUGAUCCCAAUAGACUUUUAUUGGUCGAACAUUUGGUUCCGCACUUACAGCCUCCAUACCUGUACGCGCGCACACACACAUUUGUUUUUUCCGUCUCUCUUUGUUUUUCUAAGAGAGUAACAUAUAUAUAUAGCAUUGGUUCCACAGCAAAGGGUGUUCAAAUUCCAACAGAUGAAUCUUUUCUAUAUCGUGUCUGUCGUUUGCUGCCCUCUCUUCUCCCCCUCUCUCGCCUCCCCGCCAUCUGUUGAGUGUGACGAUAGAUGCAUUAUAACUGUAACUCUGUACACGACUCCAUUGAUAUAUCAACGAACCCCCC